UCGCUGCCCCCCCCCAUGUGUGUGCCGGCCAGCUGGCUGCUGCUCAGGUAUCACUUUCCUGGCUGGGGAGGAGGCAAGAGGAGCAUGAAGGGCUUUUUCCCCCAGAGCUGUAGGGUGGUGCUGCCUCACUGGCAUGCAGGAGGGAUCCAGGACGCUCCAUCUAUGAACGCCCUCUGGUGAAGCCAGGGAUGGUGCUCCAUCAGGCCAUCCAGGCAGCUCGAGAUGGAGACCUGGAAGCUCUGAGAGACCUGGCGUCUUCUGCUCACCUGUCCCCCCCCAUCAGUGACUCUCAGGGAGCAGGCCCCGUGCACCAUGCAGCCAGGUGUGGACGCCUGCACUGCCUGCAGUUCCUCGUCAGCGACCUGGGUCUGCCGGCUGAUCCUAGAGCCUCAAACGGGGCCACGCCAGCGCACGAUGCAGCAGCUACUGGAAACAUCCGGGAGCUGCAAUGGCUCGUGGACCGAGGGGGCUGCAACACUCAGGACCAGGAUGCAGCCGGCGCCACGCCCCUUCACCUGGCAGCUCGGUUCGGCCGUGUGGAGGUGAUCCAGUGGUUGCUCUCAGUCGGAGAAGGAGCCGCUGUAGAGACUCACUGCGGAGCUGUGCCUGCUCAUUAUGCUGCUGCCAACGGGGAUCUGACCGGCUUAAAACUGCUCCUCCAAGGGGCACCAAGGUGCGUGGACCAUCAGACCGGGAUCGGCGCCACCCCUCUGUACCUGGCCUGUCAGGAAGGCCAUCUUCAUGUCGUGGAGUUUCUUGUGAAAGCCUUUGGUGCUGAUGUCCACCUGAGAGCCCACGACGGGAUGACCUGCCUGCACGCCGCUGCUCACAUGGGUCACCAGGCUGUGGUGGAGUGGCUGGCGACCUGCACCGAUGUCGGCUUGUCUUGCCAGGACGGACAAGGAGCAACUGCACUGCACUUUGCUGCCAGCAGGGGGCAUUGUUGGAUUUUGGACAAGCUGCUGUGCAUGGGUUCGAAGGUCAUGGAGGAUUACUGGGGAGGCACCCCCCUUCAUGAUGCUGCAGAGAAUGGGGAGCUGGAGUGCUGUAAAGUCCUGCUGGUCAACGGAGCAAACCCUGCAGACAAAGACAUCGAUGGCUUCACCGCAGCAGACCUGGCAGAGUACAACGGACACUCCGAAUGUGCCAGAUAUCUCCGUGCCUUUGAGGAAAACACCUGCUCAGAGAGACACAUCGAGAGAGCCGCUCCAGAGGAAGUGGAGGCGAGGCCUGCUGUGCCACACAGAGAGGAAGACUACUACUGCAGCCUGAGUAAGGCCAGCAGGGACACGCUCAUGGACAGUUUGAAGAAACCUGAGUGUGAGGAGUCUCCACAGGCAAAGUACCCCCAGCUUUCUCCAUCUUCAUCCCCCCCUGCUCAGCUCGGGAGGCGAACAGUCCAAAGAAUCGAGGAAGUCCAAGCAGCAGCAUCUGUUAUCAAAGGUCUUCAUCAGUACAAGGCCACCAGGGGCAGACAGAGCGCAUGUGCUGACGAGGCCCAGUUCCCAAACACAAACGUCCUGGCUGAAAAGAAGCUGCUCGGUGACAUGAAGUCCAUUAAGUCUCUGAAAGACUCUGGGAUGUCAGGAGUCUUCACGGGACAAGCUAACAAGAUGGUGGUUCUACCCACGGAGGAGGCCAACCUGUCAGACAUCGACUAUCUGGUGCCCACGCACGAUGAGAGGGGCCUUCCCAUUGCUGAGUGGAAGAGGCAGGUCAUGGUGAGGCAGCUGCAGGCCAGGCUGCUGGACGAGGAAGAUCAGAGGAGGAAGCAAAUAUGUCAAAGUCAGCUGGAGGUACUCCCAAGCCCACAAUGCCAUCCUGGGUCCGUCCGGUGAGCUGCUGACAGAAGACGACCUCAUCUACCUGGAAGAGCAGAUUGCCAACGUCUCCAUGCAGAGGAACUGUGAAGGCUAUGAGCUGGAGCUGGCUCGGCUGGCCGAGGAGCUGCGGCACAUCCUGCCUGCCCCGAUAGUCAAUAUAACUGUCAACACGCAGUUCAGAAACUUCAAGAGUCAGGUUCCCCUGCCUGUGUGGUGUGGCCGGAUCUCCGGCAUUGUAAAGAGCAUGUCGCUGCUCAUGACCAACCUGACAGACCAGCCCUACUGCAAGAUGCCCAACACCGAACUCAUAACGGUGUUCUCUCAGGCACCUGACAGACAGUUUUCCACCAGAGUGCGCCGGGAGAGCAUUGAGGAGGAAAUUCAUCAGUUUGGAGUGUCUGUGAGGACUCUAAAGUCAAAUUUUGAAUUGCAGAACUCAUCCGUGUUAGAAUAUGCAGAAGAACAUGAAGGCACUGAGUCAGACAAACUUUCCAAAGUGUUCAAGACGGUCUCAGAACCAGACCAGCUCAGUGAUUCGGGCAUCCGUUAUGAUGAAAGCCUUGUAGAUGUUCAGGAGACCAUCAGCCUGCGGAAGGAGCGGAUUGUUGUUCUGUUUUUAGGCCACUGGAAAAAAUCGGCCUACGCAGUGACGCUGAAGAGCAGGGACGCAGAGGAGACAAAGAUGAGCACAGGAAUCCCGGAGAUGGCCGACGACUCUUCCUCUGGCUGCGUGGAUGGCACAGACAGCGCCCAGUCCAAGAUGAUGAACAGCUCCCUCGGGCAUUUCUUUAAGCAGAGAAGUGCUGUCAAUAAGAUGAUGGGAAACUGGAGGAAAAUGAUCUCCAGCGUGCCUUCCAGGCAGAUCCGCAGGCUCCACCGGCAGAAGGUGGUCUUCUCCCCAGAGCAGUUCUUACCUCGUCUGGAAGGUGUGCCCGUUGACUACGACAGCCUGACUCUGGACCUUUUCAUGCUUGGUUACUUCCACAUCCUGGAGUUGGACCUGCCGGUGGAUGAGCGCAAAAUGAGGCACCUGCUGUGUUUUGAAGUUUUUGAUCGAGUGGGUAAGUUUCCCUGGGAGACGGUGAGGGACUUCCAUAAGGCUGUCAUUCAGGACAUCGAGGCAGAGAACCGGGAGUGGAAGGAUGGCUUUGAAGACAUUAAGGCAAAGUUCUUUGAAAACUUGGCCAGUCAAUCUGAAGGCAGUGGAGAAACAGCAAAGCAAAGCCUCCCGGAGGUCCGACAGGUUCCUAAAGUCAUCGUUCAGACGCCCACGCCAGACGAGAACAUGCUCUAUGGUGGAACGGACCUCUCCAGCUUCAGCAACGAUGAAAUUUGUCAGUAUAUUGAUCGGAGUUUUGCUUUCUGGAAAGAGAAAGAGGCAGAAAUUUUUGAUUUUGAAUAGCAACUUUUUUGUGUACUUAGUAGUUGUGGAGAUUCUGGACUUGGUAUCGAUCUUUUAGGUACUUUGUAGAACAUUUUUGAGCUGUGCUCACCUUAGCAGCUGUGCUGUGUUGGCAUCAGAAAGUCGACCAGAUUUGCCACUUGGUUUACUGUUUUUUUCUCAUAUUUUCCAAUUUAAAAUGUUUUUUAUUUUAAUUAAUACAAUUUUGUAUUAUCUAAUUUCAUUUGUUAAAUUAAAUGAGCAUUUCAGAAGUUUGAA